GGUUGACUGUCGUCUCUGCCAACAUGGGUCUAAUCACUGGACUCUGUACUUUCUUGUACCAUUUACCUCAAAUUUACAAAUGGCUGCUGAAACCGUACUAUAUCGCCUCAGUCUUAAUGACGGUUGCCUUUCUGGUGGUACGAAAGGCUCCAGGUCUGUGCGAGCACCUGGCGACCCAGCGGGAAGACGGAAACUCCUGCGACUUUGACUGGAGAGAGCUUGAGAUUCUUAUGUUUCUCAGUGCAAUAGUGAUGAUGAAGAACAGGAGAGCAAUCACACUGGAGCAGCACGUGGGCAACUUGUUCCUGUUCAGUAAAGUGGCCAACGUCAUCCUCUUCUUCAGGCUGGACAUUCGGCUCGGCAUCCUUUACCUCGUAAUGUGUGUCGCCUUCGUCAUGACCUGUAAGCCUCCGCUCUACAUGGGGCCCGAGUACAUCAAGUACUUCAGUGACAAGACCAUCGAUGAGGAGCUGCAGAAAGACAGUCGUGUCACCUGGAUUGUUGAAUUCUACGCCAACUGGUCCUCUGACUGCCAGUCUUUCGCUCCCGUCUUGGCCGAGCUUUCACUCAAGUACAACUGUGCUGGACUCAGGUUUGGGAAGGUUGACAUCGGACGCUAUGGAGAGGUUGCAGAGAGGUACAGGAUUAGUACUUCUCCUCUGGCCAAGCAGCUGCCCUCCCUCGUGCUCUUUCAAGGAGGAAAGGAGCUUAUGAGACGUCCAAUGGUGGACAAUAAAGCAAGAGCGGUGUCUUGGACCUUCAGUGAGGAGAACAUUAUCCGAGAGUUUAACCUCAACGAGCUCUUCCAAAAAGCCAAGAAGCUGAACAAAAGUCGAGGUUUGAAAGAAGAGGAGCAGAACGGCACUGCGCCAGAAGAGGGCAGUGACGAGCUCCAGUCUGAAACGGACAACCUGGAGGAGCCCACAGAGAGCAAGAAAGACCAGUGAAGUGAAGAGGAUGAUUGCAUGAAGUAUUUCCUUUUCUUACGACAUUGCCAUGCCUUACAUUAUUGCAAAAGUCCAGAGUAUUAUGCAAUGGAGAGAAGAAAAUAGGUUCAACCACUACUAAUGUCAUCUCGCCACCAAGUCUUUACUGUGGCAAGUAAAUACCCCAAAAAGCCGGACCACAUUUCCCUGGUGUGACUGGGUAUGAUGCAGCUAUGCAAAAUACAAGCAAUGAUUUGGGGAAAUUUUAUUACUUAAAUUAUUUGAGAAAAAAUGCCUUUUUUGUAACGAUUGUUUUUUUGGCUACUUUCAGCAACAACUCAUUACUGCGUGUAAACUUUUGCUGCCUGUGUUUUGCAACUAGUGUGUUUACUGAUGUCUCGUGUUUAAAAACCAAAGUAAAAGGUGAGAGGUGAAACUGAAAUAAAAAGACAUGUUAUUAGUUUGACCUUUUUAUUCUGAGAAGACAUCUUUUUAAAAAUUCUUUAUAAGGCCAUUUUGGAAAUGUCUUUAAUGUACUCGUUACAGAUAUUUUUGAAACUCGUUCCAUUUUGUCACAGCCCACAAUAGCGAUAUUUUAUCUCACAGAAGUAUACAUACUGUACUCACAGUUUUCAAAUUGUUCAGUGGCCAUCAGCCUUGGCCAGAGCAAGAAGAAAAGUAACACAGGUUCUCUUUAUCUCCGUACGAGGGCUGCGGUGUCAUUAAUGAUGCUUCUCUUUUUGUUACCACCCACACAUCGACCUGGUGGGCUUUUGACAAUAUUCUCACAAGUACGCACGCCAGUGAAGCAUUCAGCACGACAAACAAAAAUCACAUGCACACCGAAGACAUAGCCUGGAAGGGUUGAAAACUCAUAACACGAUCGUUUGGGUUGAAUGAUGAUACUUGUGUGCUUCAAGCAUGUACUUUCCUCUAAGACGUGCUACAUUCAGCCAGUUUUGACAUUCUACAGCUAACAACG